AUGAUUAAGAGUAAAGUUAAAAAAUCGAGAUAUUCAAAAUUCCCAUUCUCAACUUGCAAUAAUGAUCAUUUAAAAGAUACAAAUACUUUGAUUACUCAUGGAGUCAAUUUAACUAUUCAGUUAGGUACUUUAAACCUACAUGAUUUUGAAAUAGAAGAUAGUAGAAAUUUAAACUCAACAAGUCACAUCUCCCGAAAUGAUAUCAACAAUAGCAAAGAUAACUACAAUAACAAACACCAAUUUGAAGAUGAUGAUGAAGACGAUUAUGAGUCAGAUAGUGAAGAAAGUCUUAUGGACUACGAACAUGAACCACCAAGUCCUAUUUUAAUACCCACUGACCUACCAAAAUCAUCAUUAAGAAGAGGAAGUUUAACAAGAAGAUUAUCAGACGAUGUAAGCUACUGUAUGUCCUUACAUUUGUGUCAUAAUAAAAUUGAGAAUAUGAUCAAUGAAUAUUUCCCAAAAGAUUUAAUAAAUGAUGACAAAACAUAUAUUGAAAUCAGAAAUUAUAUAGUUAAUUCAAUAAUUCAAAAUGAAAAUAAUAUUGAAAAAUUCUUAAACAAAAUAAUAAAUCAUAAAUUCAAAAACGAAUUAUCAGAUAUAAUACGAUCAAUAUUUAUAGAAAAAUUUGUUGAAUUGAGACUAGAAAAUUUAAUUGAUUACUUCCACAAUUUUUUAAAUCAAAAUCAAAAUAUCUUCAAGAAAUCAAGUUUAUUAGAUAAUCCAUUGUUUUAUGAAAAAUAUUAUAAAAUUUGGAAAUUAGAUAUAAAUGAUUAUAAAUUUUAUGAGGAAGAAUAUUUCUUAGAUUAUUUUAAUAACGCAGGAAAGUCCUCAGCAUCAGUUGAGCAUAUAAUGUUACAAAAUGGAUUUUUAAUAAAUUAUAGAAGAUUUGUAUCGUAUUUUACAAAAGAUGUUUCAAAUUACUAUGAUGAUGAUGAUGAUGAUGAUGAUGAUGAUGAUGAAGAAAAAAAAGAAGAUGAAGAAGACUUGAGCACCCCUUACUCACAAUUAUCAGCUUAUGAUGACAAUUCAAGAAAUAAUAGCAUAGAUUCAAAUUUACUGUUAGACUCAUUAACUCAUACGCCGAAAUGUUUGAGAUUUAAUGAAGACAUUAAUAUUAUAAAAAUCAAUAGGUACUUACCUGUAGAUCAUAUUUUAUAUGAAAAAUUUUUAAAAAGUUGCAAUUAG